AUGGGUGGAAAAAUUGAUCCGGAAUUUUUACUUCAAUGUCAAAUCACUGAUAAGAUCUACGAGAAGAAAAUUGAUCAAUUGAAACCGAUUCCAAUCACCUACGACUUCUUACCCUCGAAUCUUCAAUCAUCCGAAGAACUCUUUCUUGAUAUUGGUAUCGAAGAUAAUCGACAGUUUUACAAUCGAUUCGAAUUUCAACAUUAUAAUUCCUGGUUAAUUAAUCCAAACCGAUGGAAUGUCAUCUACUCAUUCACUGACGACCUAAUCAUUUGA